AUGGAAUUCAGGAUCCAUGACAGGAUAGCUAAAGUUUAUGAAUUAAAACUAAUCAAUGAUACAUAAAACAUUAAAACAAUAAUCAAGUUUUUCACAAAUUACAAUAUUGGAAGAAAACUGAGUCCCCUUGAAUUCUUUGAAACUCUAUUAGUAUUCUCUGUCUAAUAAAUUGUUCUAAUUAUCAGAAUAAAUCAAUAUUUAUAGACGGUAGAAAUACACAAAUGCCCCUUUUCUGGAAUAGAGAAUUCAAUAAAAAAUGAUAAGCAAUACCAUAUUAUCAGCAGCUUUAUGAUAGAGUCGAUUGAAUGCCAGAUCAAUAAAUCUGCUAUGCCAUAUUUUUUGGAUUCUUAAUAUUUUUACUUCAUAAUAAAUCAGGACAUCAUUUAAUACAAUCUAGCAUCUCUACUAACAUCUCAAAGUUCUCCUAUAACUAUGCUAAAAAGAAAUUUAAUCUAGGCACCUAUUUAUUUUAGAGAUGAUUUUAUCCACAUUAAAAAUUAAGACUAUUUAUAUUCUAUUUAAAGAUAUGGAUACUAAAUUAGCCAUACAAAAUUUCUACUUAAUAUGCAACAAAUCAAUUUACAAACUGAUACUUUCAAGAACGUCUAAAUUGAAAUAGUAGUAACUUCAAUUAAUAUAACAAAUAUUGAUUUAAUUCAGAGCCCAUUCAUUAAUUAGGUAAUUUUUGAAACUAAUGAAAUAACUCUAGAAAUAUAAAUACAAUUUGAAGGUACCUUAAUAAAAUAGAAUUAUUCGUUGUCCGAAAAUUCAGAUUUUGAUUUUUAAAAUGAGGAGAGAGAAGAAAUAAAUUUUGUGAAGGAACCUGGUUUAAUAUAGAUAUGGAAUUUGGAUUAAAAGUACGAUUAGGUUUAUUCAUUGAUUUUAUAUUGA